UUAAUGAUACUUAAUUAACGUACUUUAUUCCGUUAGACGGCUCAUUUUUUACACACGAAGACGAGGAAAUCAUUGAGUUGGUGCGCACACGUUUCUUUUCCGGUGGGCAACUGGGUAGACGUUCAUUCCCUCAUUCGCAGAAAAAGCCUAUUAUUUUCGAUUUAUAAGCAUGUAGAACCAGAUAAUCGCCUCGUAUCUAUAUUUUAAUUACACGUAAGCGUGACGUUAAACCGUCGAUAUAUUAGUAGCGCUUCUACAGCCUAAAAAUAACCACGCAAAGCUGCCAUCAAAGAAACAUGAGGCUGUUGAAAUAUGUUCUAGCUGUUGACCAUAUGCUGGGGUUAAGUCAGCAAUAUUGAGUUUUAAUUAAGGUUUUGUUUUUAAUAUUAUGACAUGGAAUAACGUGUGGAAACUUCGUGUUAGUGAAUAAAUAAGGCUGAGCUUCAUUCUGACAUGUCAUGGAUAGGGAAACCUUUCAUAACUGCUGCAGUUUGGCCAAAAUGCCCAGGCAGAUCCAUCAACAGCACUGCUCCUCUCAUUUCAUUGAGUACAUAGAGAGAGAAAUACCUUACUCCAAAUUCUUCAAGAACUACUUGAUCUCGAAUCAGCCCUGCAUGUUUUCCAAAAAAUUCACAGAAGCCUGGAAUUGCAGAAAAAAAUGGGUCACGGCUGAUGGAAAACCUAACCUACAAAGACUUCUGCAUGAAUUUGAUGAGACUCCUGUUCCUGUUGCAAACUGCAAUGCAAAAGAAUACAACUCCAACCCAAAGCAGAUCAUGCCUUUUAAGGAGUUUAUCCAGUACUGGAGAGAAUAUAUACAGAAUGGGCAUUCUUCACCCAAAGGAUGCCUUUACUUAAAGGACUGGCAUAUGCAAAGGAACUUUCCUGAGCAUAAUACGUACAAGACACCAAUUUACUUCUCCUCUGAUUGGCUGAAUGAAUAUUGGGACACAAUUGAAGUGGAUGAUUAUCGGUUUGUCUACAUGGGACCUAAGGGGUCAUGGACACCUUUCCAUGCAGACGUGUUUCGCUCUUACAGUUGGUCUGCCAACAUCUGUGGACGUAAGAAAUGGCUCCUGUACCCUCCAGGCCAAGAGGAGUUCCUGCGGGACUGUCAUGGCAACUUGGCUUAUGAUGUUACAGCACCUGUACUUCAAGACAAGGGUCUGUAUCCACAGUUCGAAGAGGCCUGUCAGCCUUUAGAGAUCAUUCAAGAAGCUGGGGAGAUCAUCUUUGUACCUAGUGGUUGGCACCAUCAAGUUUACAAUUUGGAGGAUACCAUUUCCAUCAAUCAUAACUGGCUGAAUGGCUGUAAUUUGGAUAUCAUGUGGCAGUUUCUGCAAGAAGAACUUUCUUCUGUCCAGAGAGAAAUUGAGGAAUGGCGUGAUACUAUGGAUUCCUGGCAUCAGCACUGUCAGGUGAUCAUGAAAUCAUGUACAGGAAUCAAUUAUGGGGAGUUUGCCUCUUUCCUUAAGACCAUUGCAAAUAAUCGGAUGUCCUUUUUGAAUUCAUGUCCCAGAAAUGCAGAUAACUGCCAAGACUCCCUUGCCGAAAGUCUGCUUGCUUUAGGCCCUCAGCAUGCGGCCUUUGACCUUCAGAGAGUAUUGCAUAUUUUUGAGAACAUGCUUAGCAAUGAAGACUUUAAGAGACUAGACCCAUCAGCUCUGAGCUUCAAACCUGAGGAACUGCUUCAGGAGAUCAGAGAGGCUGUUCGAACAAUUGUAUAAAAGCUAUACUAUAUGUGGAAGAUCAGCUAUGGCAAAUGUUAAUAAAUUCUUUUAACAACA